ACGGUUCACAGCACGACGUUCUGACUGUCAGUUGCAGCGCUGCGAUGAUGAUGAGGAUGACGAAGAUGAAGAUCCUGUCGGUGGUGGCGAGCGCUCUGCUGGCGGUUGCAGGAUUUGUCCUGCUGGUGUUUGCAGCGAUGGCCACUGAGAAGAGAUAUGAGGUUAACAUAUUUGAGCCGCACCUGAUCUGGAUGAUGAUGGCAGCGUUGGCAUCCAUCUGCUUCUCCUGCCUGGCGGCGUACGGCGCCUACAGGGAGGAGCCUCGGCUGCUGGCAGGGCUCGUGGCGGUGAUGUUGACCAGCUCUGUUGUCAUGGUGAUGACUGGAUCCAUAAUGACUGUUAUGUCAACACUGCAGCUCCAGUCCCUGAGGACAAUGAAUGUGGAAAGGCUGAGCAGUGACGCCAUGAACAACGACAGGCUGCAGCAAGUCCUCCACACCAUUGAGAAAGAGAGUCAGUGUUGCGGUGUGAAGGGCUACACUGACUACACCAGGUAUGAUGGAACGAUUCCAAGCAGCUGUCAGUGUUCGAACCGCGGUAAAGGCUGUGUUAGCAGUCUCUCUUCCUCCUCCUCUUCCUAUGGCUCUCGCUACCCGUACGACCGCAAUCCCACCAAUCAGAGAAAAGAGGAAGCCGUUUGGGUCUACGAGCAGCCUUGUGGAGAAAUUCUCCUGAAGUACCUUCAGGAAGACGUCCGCAGAGCAGACCGAGCCAGCAGCGCUCUGCCCGCCGUGGUCCUCAUGAGCUUCCUGCUGUGCUGCGCCCUGCUGCUUCAGAUGGGCAGCAGCGCGGCGCCCCCCGCAGGCCAGCGGGGCGCCGCCCCGGGGCCGCACGUCGCCCUUCACAUGAGCCCCGCCCCCCCGCUGCUCAGCCCGGCCUCACCUGCCUGGCCCUGAUUGGCUGUUUAGCCCAACGCUUUGCUUCGACUUGACCAGCUGAGCCGCUACCUGAUGACAUCAUAGAAUCAUCAUAUUUUUCAAAAUCAGUUCAAAUCAUUGGCAUUUUUUGGUCAAAUAAAUAAAUAAAAGACAAUUAGGGUUAGUUAAUUAGGGUUAAUGAAAGACAAGUAAAAUAAAAAAAAAUGUAAAAUUAAAUUUA